GAAAAAAAAGAGCUAAAGUUUGUUAGAUCUCAAUCAUCUCAUUAGAACAUGAAAAAAAUGACGAGGAUGUCCGAUCUAUCACAAGAAUUGGUAGGGAAGAUACUCUCUAUGGUUCCGAUAACUUCACUGAAGGCAGUGAGAUCGACUUGCAAACAAUGGAACGCUUUAUCCAAAGAUGAGGUUUUGUGUAAAGCAGAAGCAAUGUUCAAUAAGGUUCAAUAAGGUUUUGCAAACAAUGGAACGCUUUAUCCAAAGGCCGUUUCUGAGGUUCAUGAUGAUGAAUUAUAAGCUGAGUUCAAUAAGGUUCGAUCUCUACGGUAAAGAGUUUGUGGAUCCAUCAGUAAAGGAGAUAGGUAACUUAAUUAAUCAAGUUGAUAUAUCUAAAGUUUUUCAUUGCGAUGGGUUAUUGUUAUGUGUCCCAAGGCCAAGGGACAACACUAGCCUUGUGGUUUGGAACCCGUAUUUGUGUCAAACUAGGUGGAUCCAACCCCUAAACGCUUACCACAGACUAGAUAGGUAUGCUAUCGGAUACGACAACGACCGUAACCACAAGAUAUUGAGGUUUUUGGAUCAUUACGACCCGUACGUUAAGCACAAGUUUCUUGAGUUCGAAAUCUUCGAUUUAAGGUCUAAUUCAUGGAGGGUUCUUGAUAUCAGUCCCGGUUGGGAGAUAGAGUUUUAUCAUCGCGGCGUGACUUUGAAAGGAAACACUUACUUUUUCGCUAAAGAAAAGAUUGUAUACGAAGGAACUGGUGAAUAUCCAGAGCCACAAGACUAUUUACUAUGUUUUGAUUUUACGGCGGAGAGCUUUGCACAGUUACUUCCUCUGCCGUUUGAGCAUUAUAUUGAAGAUACCGGGACUCUAUCUUAUGUCAAAGGAGAGAAACUCGCGGCGUUAUAUCAGAACAUGGAUACGUAUGCCUUGGAGAUAUGGGUUACAACUUUGAUUGAGCCUAAUGCGGUGUCGCGGAGUAACUUCUUUAAAGUUGAUAUGAAACUACACACUGGUGUGGAUUUCAAGUUUGAGGUUGAAUCUGGGAGUUUCUUCAUUGACGAAGAGAAGAAACUCGCCGUGGUUUUUGAUGUAGACGAAUCUGAAAGCUACACAAUGGCUUACAUAAUUGGAGAGAAUGGAUGCUUGAAGGAAGUGAAUCUUGGAGAAGCUGUUGUGAAUCUGGAGGAGUCUCCCUAUGGUCGCCCAAUUGUGUCCACUUAUUAUGUUCCAACCUUAGCUGAAGUCAUCUAAUCCGGCAAAAGGAAAGAACGAGCUUAUUAGUCCAUUUGGUUUUGUUUUUUUUUUUAACAUGCCUUAUUUUGUUUCUUGCAUCAUU